ACAAAGACACAUGAAUGUACUUUAUGUGAACAGAAAUGUCGUACAAAAUGGGAGUUAGAUAAUCACAUGAGGUCUCAUACUGGUGAGAAACCGUUUAAAUGCAAUAUUUGCGGAAAAAGAUUCUCACAGUCUGGAAAUUUACUAGUUCACAAAAAAAUACAUUUUGAAGAAAGACCAUUCAAAUGCAACUACAAAGACUGUACAUACAGUGCGAAAAGUAAAUAUGUUUUAAAAGAACAUGUCAAACGAAUACAUCUAAAAAUUCCAGCAAAAAAACCGGAGAAAGUUCAUAAAUGUCAUAAAUGCGAUAAAAGUUUUGAAUGGUUAUCUACUUUGAUAAUGCACCAAAUAUCCCAUGGAGAAAAACGAUCCUUCUUAUGUGAUAUUUGUAAGAAAAUGUUCAAAUAUAAAUGUGACUUAAAAAGACACAUGAAGAAAGUACAUCAACAGAAACAAACCGAAACUUUUCCCAAAACAAGCGUUGAAUAUUCUCAAGAUGUAGAAUAUGGCGUGGAACAAAAAGAUCGGAAAGAAUCAAUGGAAAAACCAUCAACGAAUGAUCAAAAAUCUCACUCAGUAGAAUAUGAAAAAGUUGUCGGGGAAACCCUGAGUAGCGAUUCAGAAAAUACUGGAAUUAUGAAUAGAGACGAAUAUUUAAACAUGAACAUUUACUGGAACAUUUACCGGAAUUAGAAAUAUUUUCAGAAGUGAUAGUUGAAGAAGUCGAACUAGAAUGUCACAUCUGUCAAGAGAAAUUUGACAACGAAGUAUCUCGUAGAGAACACGAAGCAAGAUUUCAUUAAUUUGAUUAAUGACUUCUAAAUAUUAAUUUGCAAAACAAACGAUUUGGUAACGAUUUUACAAAACGAUUUAAAUCUUGCAUUUAUUUUUCAUUUAUUAUAAAAAUAUUUUUGAUUU